UUUGUUCCAAGAACCCUUUCUCUCAACCCCAAAGAUCAGCUCUCUCUCUCUCUCUCUCUCUUUUUUUUUUUUUUUUUUUGACUUUCUAAAAAAAAAUUCCCUCUUCCUACUCUUUCACUCCUCGCUACUCUCACCAUCGUUGAACAACUUUCUACACCGUCUUGAUCUCAACAGUUAUCACCGGGCUCUCAGGAGAUUGAUUGCCCGAGUGUCCACGUACUCAUCAUGGCUUCUUUCAAGGAAUUAUCUCUGUCUCGCCCUCUCCCUCAAUCCAAUCCACGCCACCAUUCCCACUCCAUCUCGCUCGGUGCGGUCAAUGCCAACCAUCGGGUCACUCGUCGAAAGAGUGUCACCACCGCCGCUGCGGCCAACGCUGCGGCCGCCGCGGUCGCAGCGUCUAUGAAGGACUCGUCGGGGGAAUCGGUGGGAUUGCCGGCGUCCCUGCACCGUCGUGGGAGUCGGAAGGGCUUGGAGUCUAGCUCGGUCGGAGCCCCCUCCGGCUUCGGCUCUUAUCUCUCGCGGAGCAUAAACAGCCCCAGUCAGGAACCCCCGGUCGCUCGCAAAUCCUCUCCCAACCAGUCCAACGACGAAUCGUCGGCCACUGCCGUGGAUGAGAGCAAUUCCGCCUCCAAGCCCGUCAACACUAAGAACCGUAACCGCCGGGCUAGCGAGGGGUCGCACUUAAUCAAAGGCGAAGGAAAGCGCGUGAUGGCGGAACUUCGCUGCGAACGUUGCGGGAAAGGGUAUAAGCAUGGCAGCUGCUUGUCCAAGCAUAUGUGGGAACAUGACCCUGCGUGGGCUAUUACCUCGAAGCUCUUGAUCUCCAAGCACCAGCAAGUUCAAUUGCUGGAGGCUGCGUCGGUCCUGGUCACCAUGACGGAGGAUCCUGCCGCGGAAACCCCCGAGGCCGAUUCGGAGGUCUCGUCGGCGUCGCCAGAUGCCUCGUCAGAGCUCCGAGAUGGUCUCAGCUCGGCGGAGACGACUCCGCCACCCAUGGACGAGGACGGCGAGGACGAUUAUGAGAUGUCUCCGGAGCCCACGGACAAGCGAUACAGUGUCGGCAACUCCAUCGGUCACUUCUCCCACUCCUACCAGUCCGUCCCGUCGAGCUCGUUCACCGGCAGCGCUCCGUGGGCCUCGCCGGCGUUCUCGCACUUCCGCCAUUCGAGCAUCGAUACCCGACCCUCUACGGCGGAGGCCAAGCUACACGACGACGACGAGGCAGACCUGGCCGCGGCCAUCGGUCUCUGCAACUUCGGCACCCCUCGCACCGGACCCGUCAACCUCUCUCCCAGCGUCCCUCCCGUGCCCCCUUUGCCGACUCGCUUCCUGGACCAGAACGGCUCCGGUGGCAAUCAGAGCCAGAGCCUAGGCCGGGAAGGGAUCAAGCCGACGGAUACGGACAUCGCCAACUCCACACCGAACACCUUCUUCUCUCUCUCGUACAACCCAUCCCUAUCGUAUAAAGUGUCGGAUGAGCGAGACGUGAAGAUGGGAGAUACCGAUCGUACCACCCGGCAAAAUCGCAAUGCGGACGUCGAUUUCGGGAACCGCCCCGUCGCAGCCGAUGACGAUGACGACGGCGUCUUUGGUCGAAUGGAGGAGUAAUCUCUCUCAUUCCUCUUGUUGUCUUGGUCAUUCACUCUUCUUUUUUUUUGGUUUUUUGAUUAUCUAGCUGAUAUUUCCCCCCU